AUGACUAAUUUUAAUUACAUCUACGUUUAUUGGACGAAUAGAAUCACUGCAGAACUAUACUUAGUGAUGCCUGAUACCAUACCACCACAAUUACGUACUCCAUCCAAUAAAUUCGAAAAUGUCAAAGACAUUGGCUUGGAUUUCGUCUUAUCAGAUCUCUCAGACGAUGAUAACGAAAAUUCAAAGAGCAUCGAGAUUCAAAGGGAUUACAAUUCCGAAACAUCUUCAAGUUCCAUAAAUGAAUCCUUAAAAAAUGGAAAGAGUUUUACAAAUGAGGAAAUCAUGCCAAAGAUAAGAUUAGAGAAUUCUCCAGAUCUCAAUUUUAAAAGCAUAGCAGCUCUACCUCAUUUGUCCAAUCGUUGCUACUUAGAUAAUAAUGAGGAAGGUACAAAUUGGAAAGUACAAAAUAUGGAAGUCCCUAAAAAUUUACCCUGUUUAAUUUCAACCAAUGCCAUUAAUGAUGACAAGGGGAUUAAAGAUUUUAAUUUUAAAAUUGAUAAAGUUUCAAAACCAAUGAUCUCUAAAGUGAUUCAAUUAUCAUUCAAAGUGAAAAAAGAGGAUCAUGUAUCAAAUUUAACUAAAACGAAAUUAGAUAAUGUAUUGGUUUCUUUAAUGAAACAAUUCAAUGUCAAGAUCGAGUCAACUGUAUUUAAAGAAUCUGGUGAUCGAUUAUUUAUUUUGUCUGGUUUAAAAGAAAAAAUCUUGGAAUCCAAAAGAUUACUUUUGAAAAAUUUAACAAAACCUGUAUCAAUUUCUUUUACCAUACCAUUCAAGACAAGAUCUGCAAUAAUUGGCUUAAACGGUAAUACAAUCGAAUCAAUUUCUAAAAAAUAUUCUAUCAAAAUUAAUCUUGAAUCAAAACCUUUGGAAAAUUCAUUUGAUGAAUAUUUAAAUGAUAAUAAAUGCAAUUGUAAUUUAAUUGGUGAUUCUGAAUCCAUUCAAUUGGCAAAAUUAGAUAUCUUAAAAAUAGUCAAUGAACAAAUUAAAGAUGCAAGGUUUAGGGUAUGCCUUUUGGAAGCAAGUACUACCAAUAACAAUGAUUAUUCCAAAAUUUUACCCUUCAUUAACUGCAAUAAAAUUGCAAACAAUUUAGAUAGAUUAAAUAAAUCAAAUGCCAGAUGUUUUUUUGAUGAUAGAUUAAAAACAUUCAACAUAUUUGGUAAUCGUAAAGAUGCAAUUGAAAUUAAUAGAAAACUACAACAAACUUUAAAGACUCGAUCAGUUUUAAUCAUUGAAAAAAAGAUAAAAAUCCCCAUCAAAUUCCAAGUCCUAAUUAAUAUUGAAGAAAUCAACAAAUUAUUUGGAAUAAUGGUUAAUUUAUCAAAUAGUUGGAAUGAUGAAUCUGUCACAUUUGUUGGUGAAAUAAUAAAAGUAGAAAGGGCAAUUCAAUUUGCAAGAGAAUCUUCCAAGGGCCUCAUUGUAGAUACUUUAGAUGUAUCCAAAUCCCAUGGUGGUAAUAAUUUAAAGUUUACAAAUUGGCUAUUAUUCUAUUUUAAAAAAUAUAAAGAUAUCUUUGAAAGACUAUCCCAUGAUUAUAAUGAUCUUGUCACUAUUUAUUUACCAAAUUCAAAAUUAAUUAAUUGUGCUUCAAAUUCUAAUAUUUAUAUUGUAGCAAAGGAGGAUAAUAAAGAUCAAAUUAAACAUGUUCGUAAAGAGAUUAUAAAUUUAAUAAAUCAAAUAUCGCCAGAAGAUGUCUUGGAGAUUACUAAUAUAGAUUAUUCAUUAUUUGGUUUUAAUGUCAAAUCAAUAUUAAACAAAAAUUCUAAAAAGAUCGAUUUUGUACAAUUAGGUGAUUUUAUUGAUGAUAAUAAUACUAUUAUUUUAUUUGCCAAAGUUUUUAAUAGCUCUAAUGAUAACAAGAAUGACUUUGAUUUCAAACCUUCUGAUCAAGAAAUUAAAACUAGUCUUUUAGAAAACUCAAGACUACUGGACCCCUUAAUUCCAAAAAUUAAGGAUAUUAAACAACAAAUUUUUGAAUUAAACUCCAAUAUCCAAGAUGAAAUAUUUGGGAAAGGGUCUGUAUCCUUAAAUCUGUUAAAUGAAGAAGUCUCAGCGGAUAAUGGCAAUUUGUCAGUAAAGUUCCAUUCUCCAGACAAAAACUCUAUAACUUUAAUUGGUACAUCAAUUGGUUUGAAAUUAGCUUUAAGAGCUUUAACUUACAUUAAAGAAGAACCUUCAAGAUAUAAUAAGAAACAAAUCACAAUUCCUUCCCAUGUAAUUCCAAGAUUGGUGGGUAAUAAAGGUUCUCAUCUAUCUGAACUCCAUAAAAAAUUUGACGUUUCAUUAGAUAUCCCACAGGUUAAAAAUAUUAACCAAUCUAAACCAAUUGAAAUUACUAUUACUGGUUUAGGAUACAAUAUUAGAAGGGUAAUUCAUUACUUGAAUAAAGAAGUUGAUACUUGGGCCGAUAUUAUCACCUUUGAGAAGCAAGUCCCUGUUGAACUACAUCAAAAGUUGUUAGGGCCUCAAAAUGAAUUCCGCGAACGUUUACAAAAGAAAUAUAAUGUGAAAAUUUCAUUCCUUAAAGAAAACGAAUUAGUUACUAUUAGAGGUUCAACAACCGAUGUUAAAAAAGCUCAAAAGGAGUUAAAUAAUUUAUUGGAUUUUGAAAUUCAGAAUAAUGAAAAAAUUAAAGUUCAAAUUCCUUUCAAAUUAGUGUCCAAAAUUAUUGGUAAAGGUGGUGAAAUUAUUAAUGGAAUAAGAAUAGAUUAUAACGUAGAAAUUAACUCUUUAGAAACAACGAAAGGUAAAAAAGUAGAAAAGAAAGGAUAUGUAGAUUUUGAAAUUAUCGGUUCAAAAAACAACAUUCAAGAAGCCAAAAAAAAACUAGACUCGAUAAUUAAUGAAUCUGAAAAUAUUUCUAAAGAAUUGGAUGUGGAUAGAAAAUAUCACAACCAAUUGAUUGGUAUUAAUGGUAGUAUUUUAAAGGAUAUUAUUACUAAAUCUGGAGGCGAUCCCUCCAAGGGGAGAUCGAUAAUUAUUCCACCUAAGGGGUCUAAUAAUAAUAAGAUUAUUAUUGCAGGCACAAAGGAAUUUGUUGAAAGUGCAACAAUUGAAAUACAGACACUAAUAUCAGAGUUAGAGAAUCAAACCACAGAAAAUAUUACUAUUCCUAAGGAAAAGCACUCUUUAAUCAUUGGAACUUCUGGAAUUGUACGUCAGGAAAUUGAAGAAGAAUUUAGCGUAAUCUUAAAUAUUCCAAGUAAAAAUUCGAAGAGUACCCAUGUGUCUAUUUCAGGACUACCUGAAAACAUUGAAAAGGCUAAAUUAAAAAUUAAUGAUAUUCUCGCAGAAUUUACCACUACUAACACUAAAGAAGUUAUUGUGCCAGCUCAAUACCAAGAAUUUGUCUCUCAACAUGGAUUUUUUUUGCAAACGUUAAGAUUCAACCAUAAUAUCAAUGUAAAAUAUGGUUCUGAUUCUAGAAGAGCCAUGAAAUUCUCUAAACCAAGUUUUAAUAUACCAGACAAAAAAAUUAGAACAGAAGGCCUUUCGAGCAAGAAAAAUAUUACAUUCACCGUUGAAAAAUUCAGGGAUGGAUCUAAUAUUAAUUGGAAAAAACAAAAACCAAUAUCAUGGAUUCUUGAAUAUGACCCAUUGGAUUUUAAUGUUUUAGAAUUCGAAGAUAAAGAAUUGGAACAACUCUUCCCUGAGAUGAAUGGAAAUAAUAAUGAAAAUAUCAAAAAUAAUGCCAAUGACGCUCUAGAGGUAGCUCAAAAUAUUUUACAAAAUCGAAUUGAACUAGCUAAGAGAGCCAACUAUGCUGGAUACAUUUGGUGUUCAAAUCCUAAAAGAUUUACUAAAGUCAUUGGAUCUGGUGGUUCAAGAAUUAAUGAAAUUAGAAGAAAAACUGAAACAUUAAUCAUUAUUCCAAGAAAAACAAAAAAUGAAAAAGAUAUUAUUUUUAUAAGAGGUACAGAGGAACAAGUCAGGGAGGCUGGCAAUAUGAUUUUAGAGAGUUUAAAGAACUAG